AUGAACGACAGUGCUGUUUUUAGAAUCGGUGACACUCCUCUAAACGUAUAUUUUGAGAUGAAUUUUGAUACUUCGAAAGGUAUUUAUAACUUAAAAUGUUUUAAAAAUUCACUGCGUAAUAACAUUUUUAAUUAUCAUUCUGUGAAAAGACGAGAUCAUUCAAUAAUCCAGAUUAUUUUAAAUGUUUUUUAUCGAGUUAUGAAGAGGCCCGCGGCUGGCGGCGGCGGCGGAGGCGGGGGUGGCGGCUGGCCUCACGCGCGCGCCUCGUGUGCUCCGCAGGGCCUGGUGGGCUUCUACAAGGGCAUCACGGCCUCCUACUUCGGCAUCUCGGAGACGGUGGUGCACUUCGUCAUCUACGAGGCGAUCAAGGCGCGGCUGGCCGCGCGGCGCGCGCAGGCGGCGGCGGCGGCCGGCGGCGACGGCAAGCCUCUCGACAAGACGUCCCGCGACUUCGUCGAGUUUAUGCUGGCCGGUGCCGUCUCCAAGACGGUCGCCUCCUGCAUCGCCUACCCGCACGAGGUGGCUCGCACUCGAUUACGUGAAGAAGGGAAUAAGUACCGAUCUUUCUGGCAGACAUUAUUUACAGUCUUUCAGGAAGAGGGUCACCGAGGACUGUACAGAGGACUUGCUACACAGCUUGUGCGGCAGAUUCCUAAUACAGCCAUAAUGAUGUCUACUUAUGAGGCAGUAGUGUAUGUUCUCACCAAGUAUUUUGGCACACCAGCCAAUGAGUUCUACAGUGCAGAACUGGAGAAACAGAUGGCGCAAAUGGCUCUUGCCGCUCAACGUGCUGCAGUAGCUGCUACUGCUGAUGAGAGGGAUAUUUCUCAUCAUUAAAACCAUCAUCUGUGGACUCUUAGAUACAUGAAUCCUCUUAUCUCUAAGAUUUGAGGAAUAAAGUGCAUUAGUACUGCAGUAGAAAUUUGCAAGAUACUAUAUUUGGUCAUAUUGAAAGUGAAAUAUUCUGUGUGGUUCACCGUGCCAUGCAUCCAAGAGAAUGAUGUUGGGAGCCCAAAAAUGGACAUACAAAUUUUAGUCUGGUCCACAAACAAAGACUUAUUGUUAGAUAAAGAAUAACCACUGCUUUCUGAACAUGGUUGAUUUUGCUAUUAAGUUCAUAUCAUAUGCAAGUUUUUCACUUGUUCGAAAGAGUGUUAUUAUUAAUAAUAUUUUAAUAGGCAGCAUAUCUGUAUUACAGAUCUUGAAUAUUUCCCCAGUAUAAUCACCUUAGAAAUUGCCUCUUUUUUACCGAUUUUGAUAUUAUCCGUAUGCCAAUUUGUAUGGAGUUUAUUAAUAUACCCAUAUAACAAAUAUUAUCCUAUACACUUGAUUAUGUUCUAUAUUUGUUCAUUGAAGUAAUUAUUUUCAACACUUAUUGUGUGAAAGUCUGAUAUAUCUGUAAUUACAUACAUGAUGCUCUGCAUCAACUUUAGACAAAACUUACAUAUUUUCAGUUGAUGUGGAUGAGACUUUCAGGAAUCAAAAAAUAAUGCUUUUUUAUGUUCUUGUUCCUGUAAUUAUGAUCCAUUUUGCUACUUGCUGUCUCUAAAAUCAAAACAGUUUUUCCAAGCUUGAGCAUAGAUUGUAUAUAAUUAGAGCUUCCAUAAAGUCAUAUUAGUUGAUAUUACCAAGUAGAGGAUUUCAUAUAUUGGUGGAAUCACAAGCUAUGUACCAUUAAUAUAUUUCAGCAGUUAUUGCAAUUUUUAAAAAAUUUUGAAUGCAAAGGAAUCUAAAUAAGUCACUGACCUAUUAUUUUAUUCCUUUUUUAAGUGUUGGUUAUAUUGUCUGCAGUUUUGAAAAAGUAUAGUGGCUUGGAUUUUUUUUGACUCUUUAUCAUCUUGAAACUGUAUAUUGAAGAUGUACAAAAGGUCUUUUAUAAGGAUUAUUUGUAGAAUAGACGUUUUUUGUUUUGUCUAAGGCUAUGUGAAAAUACACAUAAAACAUCCUGAAAGAAUCUAAAACUAUAAUUUUUCUAUUUGUGAUUACAGCCAUUUCUCAAGAAAUUUAAAUGGAACCCAUAUAAAGUUUGUUUUUGAAGUUAUAAUUUUUCUUUCUUCUGCAAGGUUAUAUAUAAAGGGGCAUGUGAGAAUAUAUUCCAGCAACAUUUCAUUAUUCUUGCUUCGGUGUAAUUAUUGUUCACUAUUUUACUGGUGUGUAGUUGAGACUGGUCAGACAUCCUUGCACAAAUGUCCUGUGUGACUUCUUUAUACAGUUUCUGGUCUGCUGUAUAUAGAACAUGUCUAGUCCAUAGAGACUUUUAUGUAGGGUAUUGUUUCAUACCACCAGUAGAUGUGUAUGAUAGAUGUACUUACCACAUAAAUGCAGUAAAAGAAAGACGGGGUUAGUUAUUGAUUUUUUUAAAAAUAUUUUAUGUGAUGAAAUUAUGGAAAAUUAACAAAUUUGUGCAUACAUUUCAUAUGAGAAGUCUAAAGACAAAAGUAGUGGUGCUUGUAUAUGAUACUCGUCAUAAUUGAAUGUUCUGUGUAUUCUGUAAAUUAUAUAUUAAUAAAUUAAAAUAGGUUGUACAAGUGUGAAUGUUCACAAAAGCAAUUAGAAUAAGUAUUGACAAGACUGAUAUGUAAAAUAUAAAUCAUUGUAUAUACUGUUGGCAAUUUGUGUGUGCUGUCUAUGAUUUCGACAACAUUGAUUAUUCCACGUUUCUCAGCUGAGAGAAGUAGUGGAACGUGUAAAUAUAAAACAAGAAGUGAAUCUCUGGCAAGGCUAAGGGAUAUGUAGAUUUUAUGUGGAAAUAUGUAUGAAUGUUCUGUUAUUCUGUGAUAUUUGCAGCGAGUGAAACAUGUUCCUUAUCAUAUAUGUGUAUUUCUAUAUUGGUAGCAACUGAAAUUGUGUUGCACAUAAGGUCAGGAAGCAUUAUAAGAGAAUAUUUCAGAAUCCCUGUUGUAAGUUUUACUUCAACAUUACUAAUGAAAUGGACUGAUUAUGUAUAGGGAAACCAUUCAGGAAAUAUGGUCUCAGACUGCACCUUAAAUGUCUAGGCUGACUGAUAACAAUUGUAUUUUUAUAAAAAGAUUUCCUGUUGUGUAGCAGUUGUUUGCCUUGUUUUGUAAUGAAAUUCAAAUCUGCACAUUAUUGUUUAAUGACUGUAUUUGGUACAAUGCUGAUUGAAUCUAGAAAUCUAUAAGAUUUUACAGUAUCUGUACUGAUCUGAUAAAGUAAUAGAAAACAAUACUUCCCAACUUAUCAGUCACUGACAUAUUUUGUUUAUUCUUAUUUUUCAAAUUGCUAAAUUUUGUUCUUUAAGGAACAAAGCUUUAUUCUCUUAAUUUUGUAUAUAUUCUCUCACUACAGUCACCUGACUACUGUCUACCAUGAAAGUGUUUAAAGUUUUAGUAUUGUUGUACCAAAUACAUUUAUAUUUAUAGAAUGAUCCCAUUUUGUCUUCAUAUUAAAUAUUUAUUUGUUAUUGAAUGGUGAAUGAAACGUAGUAUUUUUGUAUGGUUGAAAACAUAUUAAAGUUACUGAAUUGAAAUUCUAA